UCCAUGGAACAAUUAUGAGAAUCCAACCAGCUGUUUGGCCCAAUCCCCACAUGCUUCUUGAGAAUGAGCUGCCUCCAAACACCGUCCUGAUUGAGCAUAUCCCGAACUUGCAACACAUAGACCUAUUUAACUAUUCAAAGAACGCCUGCAUACUCCCCACAGCAUCCUCUAUGAAAUUAAUCAAGCGAGGGCUUACCACGCCGAUGCGUACCCGAGAAAUAUGAUGAUAUCUGUUGGCGAUUCGGAGGAGAAAGAUAGAGUGUUCUGGAUUGGUUUCGAUUCUGCGCAGGCCCUCCCGGAGGACGCUCUUACAGAGAGACAAAGACGUGGAUCAAGCGAGAGGUCAACCUCAUGGAAUACUUCGUUGAUGCUAUGGUAGGUCUUCGACCAUUUCUGGACACGAAUUCGGCAAAUAGAUUUCUACAGGCAAAGGAUUACGAGGAGGGCCGGCUGAAUCUCGCAUACUCGUAUUAUUAUGAAGGCUUUUCCGAUGGAGAUGGAGUCCGCUGAUGAAAGAGCAGAAACAGGCCGAUACCGAAGGAGAAUGCUGAAUAUCUUGUUUUGUUGAGGAGA